CCAUAAAGUAAACAUUGCUUGCUUUUACAAAACAUUACUUCCUGCCACCAACAUUUUCUGAGGAAAAUUCUCUAAGAAAAUCUGCUUUCGAUUUUCCUUCUCGAAACCUAUUCUGCCUUCGUUGCCGUCGACUCCACCAUCCUUCUCCCAGCAGUCGCCGCCUCCGCCAUCCGCCGCUGUUGUCCCUUCUGCCGCGGUUGUCCCCUUUUCUUUUUUUUAGGUCUAGGGGACAAGAAAAGAUAUGGCAGAUGGAGAUGAGGACAUUCCAAGGGAUGCCAAGAUUGUAAAAACUCUUCUGAAAUCAAUGGGAGUGGAUGAGUAUGAACCUCGUGUAGUGAACCAGUUUAUGGAACUGUGGUAUCGAUACGUUGUUGAUGUAUUGACGGAUGCACAGGUUUAUUCUGAGCAUGCAGGGAAGGGUGCAAUUGAUUGUGAUGAUAUCAAACUGGCUAUUCAGUCAAAAGUCAAUUUCAGCUUCUCCCAACCCCCACCUCGAGAGGUUCUACUGGAGUUGGCUCAUAACAGAAACAAAAUCCCACUACCAAAAUCAUUGGCUCCUGGAAUUCCUCUACCACCCGAGCAGGACACUUUAAUCAACCCCAACUACCAGUUUGCAAUACAAAAAAGACAACCUGAACAGGCAGUCGUGGAAGCAGACGAGGAUGAAGAGAUUGCUGAUCCUAAUUCCAACCCUUCACAGGAACAGAAGACGCAGCUGCCGCAAAAUACUCCUCAAAGAGUGUCAUUUCCUCUGGGAUCUAAACGCACAAGAUAAGGCCGUUCCCUCUCUUAUAUGGUUUAGUGUGAAAACCUGUUAUCUAGGGAAUGAAAAAGAGAACUCUAUGUCACUAUGGAUUCAGUAGGUUCAGAUCGUUUCUUGUUGCAAAUUUAGACAAGGUUCAAAUUCUGUUCCAGUGGCUUAAAGUUUUCUGUAUCAAGGGGAAUUUUCAAUCAACUGUGUUAGAAUGGGAUAUUGAUGAUAUGUAUCCAGAAAUUCUAUACUUAAUGUUCCUAUAUUAGAAAUGGAAGAACUCAUUAUUGUA